AUGGCCGACAAGGACAACGUGCGCGUGGCGGUGCGCGUACGGCCGCUGAACGAGACGGAGGUGACAAACGGCUGCCGGAGCGCGGUGGAGGUGAACGCGCUGAGCGGCGCCGUGUCGCUGCGCACGCCGGCCGCCGCCGCCGCCUCCGAGCCGGCCAAGACAUUCACCUUCGACGUGGCGUUCGGGCCCGACUCCAAACAGUUCGACAUAUACAACCAGGUGGCGCGCCCUAUCGUGGAAAAUGUGCUGGAGGGAUACAACGGCACGAUAUUUGCGUACGGUCAGACCGGCACGGGCAAGACGUUCACCAUGGAGGGAGUCCGAUCAGUGGCAGAGAAGAAGGGAAUCAUUCCCAACUCGUUCGCGCACAUCUUUGGACACAUCUCCAAGGCAGCAGGCGACACCAAGUUUCUGGUGCGUGUCUCCUACCUGGAGAUCUACAACGAGGAGGUGCGCGACCUGCUCGGCAAGGUGCAGAGCCAGCGACUCGAGGUCAAGGAACGGCCCGACGUCGGCGUCUACGUCAAGGACCUGUCGGCGUUCGUCGUCAACAACGCCGACGACAUGGACAAGAUCAUGACGCUGGGGAAUAAAAACACCACAGCCUGUCCGCCGCAGGAUCGGUGUGGCGCGACCAACAUGAACGAGCACAGCUCGCGCUCGCACGCUAUCUUCACCACCACCGUGGAACGGAGCGAGCGGGGCCUGGACGGCCAGAACCACGUGCGCGUCGGUAAACUACAUCUGGUCGACCUGGCGGGCUCGGAGCGCCAGAGCAAGACGGGCGCCACCGGUCAGCGCCUGAAGGAGGCCACCAAGAUCAACCUGUCGCUCUCCACCCUCGGCAACGUCAUCUCGGCCCUGGUGGACGGCAAGAGCACCCACGUGCCCUACCGCAACUCCAAGCUGACGCGCCUGCUGCAGGACUCGCUCGGCGGCAACAGCAAGACGGUGAUGAUUGCCAACGCCGGCCCUGCCGACUACAACUACGACGAGACGUUGAGCACGCUGCGGUAUGCCAACCGCGCCAAGAGCAUCAAGAACAGCGCCAAGAUCAACGAGGACCCGAAGGACGCGCUGCUGCGCCAGUUCCAGAAGGAGAUCGAGGAGCUGCGCCGUCGCCUGGAGGAGGAGGAGGGCGGUGGCGACUCGGACAGCGGCUCGGCGGAGGAGUCCGGCGGCGAGGAGGCGGCCGCCGACGGCUCGCCGCGCCGCCGCCGGCCGCGCCGUCUCACCGAGGAGCAGGUGGCUGAGGUGCAGGCCCAGCUAGCGGAGGACCGGCGCCGCCUCCAGCAAGAGAAGGGCAUGGCCGAGGCUGAGCGGCGCCGGCUCAAGCAGCAGGUUGACCAGCACGAGAAGGAGCUGGCGCAGGCGCAGCGGGCGCAUGAUCAGUUGGCCGAGAAGCUGGCGCUGCUGGAGAAGAAGAUCAUCGUGGGCGGUGUGAACCUGCUGGAGCGGUCGGAGGAGCAGCAGCGCCUGCUGGAAGAGUCUGCCCGCGAGCUGGAACGGCGCCAGCAGAACGAGCGCCAGCUACAGCAGGCGCUGCAGAUGAAGGAGGCGGAACGUCUAGACAUCGAGGAGCGCUACAGCUCUCUUCAGGAAGAGGCGGUGGGCAAGACCAAGAAACUGCGCAAGGUGUGGCAGCUGCUGCUGGAGGCCAAAUGUGAGCUGGAGGACCUGCGCGCCGAACAGCAGCGCGAGAAGGAGGGGUUGCUCGAGAACGUGCGACAACUGACCAGCGACCUACGCCUCCAGCAGCUGCUCAUCGACCAGGCGAUCCCGGCCGAGUACCAGAGCAUGGUGGAGCAGUACGCCAGCUGGAACGACGAGAUCGGAGAGUGGCAACUGCGCUGCGUCGCCUACACGGGCAACAACAUGCGGCGCAACACGGACCCGGCCGAUGCCGACCGUCAGCCGGAGCCGCCGCUGGUGGACCUGUCGCACGUGUACCUGUCGUACUCCGCCGACGGACCGGGCGUGGCCAUCCGGCCCAAGUCGGCCAAGCACCGACAGGCGCGGCCUCGCGGCUCUGCAGUCCCUCCCGGCACCGCUGCCAGACAGCGGAUGUGAGACCGACGGGGCGCGAUCCUGCCACGCCAGCCGCCCCAGCUUCGGAGCGCUGGUGGAGGAGACGGCGGCCUGCUGUGAUAACCCUUCAGGCAACCCUGCUGACGUCAGCCGCGCUGCUAGCGAGGCUGCCUCCCGACUAUGUGCAGUAAUUCUAGUCUAGCCUGCCACGCGCGCGGCGGCUCCACCCGAACGCCGUGGCAUGGUAACGCGGUUAUGACUUUGCGCAUCCGGCGAAGCGGUGACUGCGACCGCCUCCGACUGUGAUGAGGCUGUAUCUGGAGCGCUCGGACUGUUUGUCGUGAGGUGUUGCGGUUCACUGGGGCGUGUCGCACCUGAUCUCACUCCGCGGAUGGAUGUCCGCACAACGGGAGCCCCACCCCUCGCCGUAGCCGAGACCGAUGCAGGGCUCGCUGCCCGCCCGCACUUAUAUUCACCGUGUACUCCGCGCCUCAGGCAGUGUAUGCGAAUGAGCGAGCUUGGCGUACGAUGUAACCCGGCGUGCCACGAGGACGACGCAGAGCACGGCGGCGGCGCCACCAGUCCGGGCUGGUGCGGCCACGUUUCGCCGACGUCCUCGCCGGUGUGAAGGUGGCUCGCUCACACGCCGCCUCAGCGCCGCGCGGCCGGUAGCUUUGCACGUCAGACAGCGGGCUGGUCGCCUGACCUGGGGAUCACCGCGUGUGUGUGUGGAGCCGGCUGCGUCGGCGGUCGGCCUCUCGGGCGGGCUUCCAGCUGAGACAGUCCCAGGCUGUCGCCGGCGUGCGGCCUGUGGCCAUGUCCGGCCGACAGCUGACGCACGUGGCGGAGGUCGCGCAAUAC